AUGACGCGUCCCCGGUACAUUGAAUGUUUUAUUGUUAAACAAAGUAUUGUUUCUAAUGCAAUUAGAGCUGCUUGCAGAUAUAGGACGGUUCCAUUUGUUUCGAACUUUGCCACAUUUUUCACAAAAGCUUUUGAUCAAAUAAGAAUGGGCGCUAUUUCGCAAAACAAUGUAAACUUUAUAAGAUCACAGUGCGAAGUAUAUGAGAAGAUGGUCAGUCAGAUGGGUUUGGAAGAUCUUGAACUAUUCAGAUCCAUUCCUGGUAGCAUUGUGUUCUACCCCGCUGAUGAUGUGUCUACCGUGGGUGCAAAUAUAAAAGAAAUCACAUUUACAAGACUCAACAGACCUAAUACUCCUGUUAUUUACACAAACGGUCACGUAUUUGUGGUCGGUAAAGCAAAUGUAGUAAAGAAAAGCGAUACAGAUCAACUUGUACUGAUUGAAGGAGGUAUAACCCUACAUAAAGCUAUUACAGCAUUCCCAAAGCAGAAGGACAGCUCAACAAGACGCAAUCUGGAAACACACAACCCGCAAGAAAAAAUUACAGAAAGUGACAAACCGCAAGAAGAUACUACUAAAGGUGGCAAUAUGGAAAAUGUUGACAAUAAUUAUAGCGAAAAUACCAAUAAUAUAGAAACUACAGAAAAUCAGACCAAAUGUGCAAAAUGUGAUGUAACCGCCCCAACGGGCUACAAUGUACGGUGGACUGUCGAUCACAAUCGUAUGCCUAUCGGGUCACUCAUGUGGAGACGGUAG